AAAGACUGCAGAUGUAGAACAAUGUGAGGAAAAUAUCAAGCUUGGAAAGCGAUAUAAAAGAUUUACGGACACACUUUCGGAAAUCGCGGUUGAUUUUUUGAAGGAUAUGUUGGCUCCCGAUCCAACACAAAGGCCAGAGAUAAAGACUAUGUUACAACACCCAUUAUUAUGGGACAAAGAAAAACGAGCCGAUUUCCUUUGCGAGGUUAACAACAUGUUACAGGAACUACCGGUCAAUUCUGCUGAAGUUGUGCAUUUGGAUUCCUUCAACAAUGAUGUGAUUACAGAUUGGGUAUACGAUGGUUGGCUCGAUAGAUUUCACCAUGAUUUCUUGAAUGAAGUUACGUUUCAGAACAAUGGUUUCAAGUAUCGUUGGUUUGAACUGAGAGAGUUAUUUCGGUUUGUCAGAAAUAUGCUGCAACAUUUCAACUACUAUUCGCUCUUUAUGGGAUCUUCCUUAGACAGUGCAUAUGAAUACCUUCUUGAUGAGCUCCCUGAGCUUAUAUUAAUAAGUUAUGAAAUUGUUAAACAAGGAAAUCAUGCCGAAAGCGAUCGUUUCAAGAGGUUUUUCAAAGAGGCGCAUUGUUUUGAUCAGGACGAGGAAAUUCUCAAUUAGGCCAGAAGUUAAUGAGGGCUCGUGUGGUUGUCCAAGGUGCUACAGUGGCGCUGAUGGUUGGCAUUGCCUAUUAUUAUGGAGACAAUCCUUGACAACAAAC